GGAAGAUUGCAGGAAGUUAGCUGUCCAAACCGGUCAAGGUAAUAGAAAAACAACAAAUAAUAUGUUAAUGGUAAAAAACAAAGGCAGACCAGACUCCUGGGAUGGCAUCUUAAAUGGAUCUGACUAUUAGAAACCUGGAUCACAACAACCUUCAGGAAGAAGCAACGUUGCCCUGCUGAGCAUCCUCCCAGACGGUGUUGUAGAACUGCGUGGGGCUCGCUCUUCUCUCAGGUCUGCUCCUGAAAUCACAGGAUCAUGAGUGAUGGUUUCACUGAUAAAUCUGUCUGAAUAAUCAGUGGGUUCCUGACGUUAACUUACCUCCAUCGCUCUGGGACAGGGAACAAGAUCCGCGCCGCUCACUCGGCAGCCACUCCUCAGAGUCUGGGUCUGAAAAGUCCGUCUCUGAAGUGUCGUCGCUGUAUGCAUCCAGAUGGCCAGUGGAUGCCUUCUUCUCAGACGCACGGGGGAGACCUGGCGGCGUUCUUUAGCCUCUUGGCCGGCCGAGGCAGAUGAAUAAACGCGCUGAUGGUGGACUCGCUAUCAGUUUCAGCGAGUUACUGAUUUCUCACGCUAAAGUUUAAAGUUUCUUCCAGCGUCUGCUGGCAAAACUGGCCACUUGAUCCCUCAGUUUUUUGGGGGGCAUUUUGUGCCGAUACUGAAUAUUUUAGAACUUUUAGCUUAGAUUACCUCCAUUCCAGCGUCUCCACUUCCUGCUCUGAUCUCAGUGGCUUUGAUCUACAUACCCGACUGUUCUGACUACAUAUCCCAGAAGCCCCAAAAUUACCCACAGGGAGCGUGAGAGCGCCCUCUUGUGCCAGCCACCGAAAAACACUUUGAUGUUUAUCUAUGUCAAUGGCACUCAAUGAGUUAAUAAAAUUACCUUAUUUAAAAUUUGUAGAUUUCACUCAAAGAUUCAUGUUUGGGUUUAACUCAAGAAUAUUGAUCAUUUCAACCCAAAUACUCAGAAUAAUGAUGUCCAUUGAUUUUAUUAAGUAAGAAAACUCAGUAUAACUGUUACAUUAACUCGGCCCUUGAAUUUAUUUUUAGAGUGUGCCAGUUACAUCAUUUCACCAUUCAGCUUAAAAGGAUCAAAUAGGAUUUUUGUAUGAAUUGCCCAGCCCUUUUUCUUCUUGUAAUCAACAGGUUAAUAAGCUUUAGGCCCUUUUUUCUCAAAACGUUUCAUUCAACAUUACACUCAUGGAUGACUGGAGGACAGGGUCCAAAACUAACUUUUUCACCGGCAAGUGAAAUUUUUUACCAGCCAACCAAGUAAAAAAUGGCUUUUAAGUGUUGUAAUUUGCUAUCAGUAUUAUUUAACAUGUCAUUUGGGUCUUGUAUGCGAUUCUCAAUCAAUAUUUUAAUAGUAUGCACUAAUACUAGCAAUAAUGUAUGCUAAAAUAUGAAUAACUGCUUCAAAAGUUAAGUGUAAUAUUUGGGUUAAUAAAUUCUGUGGUAUUUUACUACAGUGCAAAAAGAAUCUUUCAGAGAGGAAUUUUACCUGAAUCACUGACUUCAGUUCAGUGCAGCACAUGAGGAAAAUCCUCAUCUUCAGAUUGCACAAAGAUAGUCAAAAUGCAAGAUGACACAAGACUACAUAUUUUUUUAAAUAGCUUAAUCUGGUUUUGUUAUAUUCCAUAUUAACUUAAAAUUACGUUAGAGAUAUAAAACAGAAACCUGAGGAGCUUCUAGUGCCCUGACUGCAGAGGGAAUGAAGGAUUUUAGAUGACGCUUUUACAGACAGGUCAAAUCACAACGGUGUCCUGAUGGAUAGAGAGAACAUUCAGUCUAAAGGACAUGACCAGAAGAAGCCAGAAAACUCUCAGCCUUAUGAAGGAUCUGCUAAGAGGAUCCAGAUCUCUCUGAUUCACACCAAAAAUCUUAGACCAGAUUCUGUGCUUCACUGAGAGGCUGUGAAACCAGCAGAAAAACAAGAAGACUCUGAAUAAAAGAUAUGGCAGGACUGAGAAACGAUUCAGAGCUUAGCUCUCUGUCGCCCCCUCCUGACAGUAAAUAUCUAAAUACAUGGCCAAAUACUGGAGUGACCCAACAACCUCAACAUUUUCACUGUGAAUGAUGAACUCUCCACGUUUCUCCCUCACGUCUGCAGACAGCGAUCAGCUCCUCAGUUUUUAAUGAUUUUUAAUCUGGGCAUCAACAGGUUUAAGCCCGAUUAAUCUGAUUAAUCACAGAAUUUCAGUAUAAUUGCGAUUAAUUACACUGUUUUUAUUGCAUUUUAAAAUUCCACUAUUUUGCAUUUUCAACUGUUUUGUGUCAUUUUUUAUUUUCCCCCGUCUUAAACUAGAGCUAACUGACUUCCUGUUUAAAUAUGGACAGUUGUCAUUGGUAGACAGAAGAUCGCAGAAAAAGGAACUUGUUAUGGUUGAAAAUUAAAUAAAAAAUCAUUAAAAAGGUUCAGAUGACUUUGACUUCCACUGAGACAGUAAAGCAGACGAUUCGUCCUGAUUUAGAAACAGGAGUGCACUAAUGCUGGACCUUGAUUAAUUGAGAUUAACUAGAUGAAUCUUGACAGCCUCGCUUUAAAUCUAAAGUUUUCAUGACAUAGAAAUAAAAUGAGGUAGAGUCUUUCUGUGGUCUGACUCUGGGCCUUGGAGCAGGGACAGCAGAGCUGUGUCAUCACAGACUCUAACAUGGUAGCUGCUCUCCUCAGUGUCCCUGAUAAAGAGGAGGGGGAAGGACGCCCCCUUGUGGUGAGCCUGUGGAUGUAGUUAGGGAGUCUGAUUAAUGGUUGUUUACAGACAGAAGCUGAAUCUCUGAACCCUGAACCCUGAACCCUGAACCCUGAGCCCUUAUGGACUAACGGACUGAUCCUGGAAAGGGAGUGAAUGAGGCUGAUGAAGCAGGAAUGGGACAGCCCUUUGUUUUUGUUGACAGUCGGCAUCACGCAGAGUUUAAAACAAAGAUAAAAACAAGCAUGCCUCACCUACAGACCUGUUCUGAAGGCUGUUUAACAUAUUUUACAAGAAAAUACUUCUUUUUUUGCACUUUCCAUGUUUUUGGUUUACAAUUUCGCUGUUUUCACUUCACUGUUGUAAGAUUUGCUAGCGGGCAUUCCCCUGUCAUACGUCACAAUGCAAUGAACUAUGGGUAAUUCCCUCUCGCUAAGUCUGCAGAGAUGCCCGCUCACAGAAAGGGUGCAUGAAGAGAUCCCUCAUGCUCUUUAUGAUCUGACAGUGGGACAGCCCUAAGCCCUCAUGGACUCAGCCUCAAAGUCAGUGAGUGUGUGAGUGUGGACACUGGGACUGGGCCAGCCUCUGAGUUCUGUUGGUCAGAAACUGAUAAUCCUCAGGACUAACUGAUGAGGCAGGGUAGAAUCAUGGAUCAUUCUCUCUGUUUAAAGGGAGGCUGCAUGCUGUCAAAGCUGAUGAAUAAUCAGCAAACAAGAGAGGAGCAUGAGGCUACAACAUUAGGGUCCCUGGAUAACUGGAAGAGAAGCUGGAGGACACGGCUACACUGGUCUAAGUCCAGAACCACACAUCUGGUCCAGGACCAGGGGCCUUCCUCAUGUUUCUGUGUUUCAGAUGAUCUCUGACACCGUCUGACCUUCAGAGGGGAGAGUUUUCAGAAAAAUCAUGUUAAUGCACCGUUAAGAAGGUCUGCAUCAUUCAUUCCUUCAGUUUUAGAAGGACUCUUAUUGCUGACUCUGACCUCCUGAUCCAGAGAGGACAUGGACUUCAUUCCUCUCCAACAUGCUGGUAGAUCCCCACUACACAUGGACCUUUGGAUUUAGGAUUUAUGUCUGUCUAUUAUUUUUAAAGCAUUCUUAUUACAACUUUGGAGGCUUUAUGCCUUCAUGCAUGCAGUCAGCCUGAAAUCCUGCAGGAAUGAAUGCUGAAGUCUCUGGAUCUUUAUGUGCAGCUGAGGAUGUUGAGAAUCAGUUUUCCACCACAGUCUUGAUGUUUUUAGAGAUUUACUGACUCUGAGUCUGCUGCUUUCCAUUAAAGAUGUCUGACAGCUGUGAGCCCAGGUACGUCUUAUCAGGUCUUUCUUCUGUGUGUUUUUGUGUGUGUUGUGCAGUAACAGGGCGCCAUUUCAGCAUCCAGAGACACCGGGUCCAAAGUCCCUGAGUCCAGAGUCACCGGGUCUAGAGUCACAACCUCUCAUUGUGUUCCGUCAGGUGGAUCAGUUGCGUGAAAUGCAAGCAAGAUCUGCCAUUUUCGAACGAAUCAAAAUUGCUUCCAUUGAUACACAGGAUGGCAUCUCUGAGCAACCAACAGACGCCUUCAGAGAGAUCGAGUUCAUCGGCUCCAGAGGCAGACGCAGUAAUUUUCUGCGUCUGUCAUGUGACUCGGACCCUAAAGAAGCCUACAAACUGAUAACAGGUCUUUGGAAGCUCCCUUCCCCUAACCUGGUGGUGUCUGUGGUCGAGGGGGAGGGGAGGGAGGAGAUCAAACCGUGGGUGAGGGACUUCCUGAGGAACGUUCUGGUCAGAGCCGCUCAGAGCACAGGUGCGUGGAUCCUGACAGAUGGACUGAGGAGGGGCGUGGCCCGCUGUGUGGGAGAGGCGGUGAGGGACUACAAGGUGGUGGCCCCAGCUCUGUCUCAGAAGGUGAUGGUGGUGGGCGUGGCUCCGUGGGGAAUGGUUCAUAACAGAGAGCGGCUCGUUAACCCUCAGGGCAGCUAUCCUGCUCAAUAUUUCGCCACAAAAACAUCCAGGGACUCUUUCUGCCUUGAUAACAACCAUCAGGCCUUCCUCCUGGUGGAUGAUGAGAGGGGGGGCAGUUGGGGAGGAGAGAGGAGCUUCAGGACCAAUCUGGAACACCACAUUUCCCUUCAGCGCACCGACAUCCAGGAAAUCCCGGUGGUCUGUAUGCUGAUCUCAGGAGACUCCAGCAUGUUGGAGCGGGUGGACUCAUCUCUGAGGAAAAAGAUACCCUGGUUGGUUCUGGCUGGUUCUGGUCCAGCUGCAAACUUCAUCACUGAGCUGAAGACCGAUAUCUCCUCUGAUCCCUACUUGUACUCCAGAGCAGUGGACCUUGGGCUGCGGGACAGGGUCUCUGAGAAGCUGAAGAGACACUUCCCAUUUGAGCAUGUGGACCGUCUUGUGGGCAGCGCUCUGAGCAUCUGUAAGCACAGAGACCUCAUCACCGUGUUUCAUGGAGAACUGGACGGCUCUGAGGAUUUUCAGUCUGGUCUGCUGAGUUUUCUCAUUGAAGUCAAAAAGCUUUGGUUCGGUGAAACCAGCGAUUACACCGUGGCCCUCAAACAGGCCAUGGCGUGGAACAAUGUCGACAUCGCCAGGUCAGAGCUGCUAAAUGACGACAUCCAGUGGAAGACUGCGGACCUGGAGGACUUGAUGACGGACGCUCUGAUAAAAGACAACCUGGAGUUUGUGCGUCUGUUCUGUGAGAACGGUCUGAACAUCCAGGAAUACCUGACCUAUGGUCGUCUGGAGGACCUCUACUCUUCUCUGUCCAAGAGCUUGCCUGCCUACAAACGUCCCAGCAAGCAUAAGAGGAGGGCGGGGCUGACCAGUGAGACGACACAGCAGAGGAGCCAAGACAAGGUCACGCUGUCUGAGGUGUCCCGUCUGCUGUCGCACCUGACCGGUGACGUCUGUCAGCCGUUUUACAAUCAUCAGGGUCAAGACCACAACACUGGCGCCAGGGAGACGUGCAAGAAAGAGAAUUCAGAGAAAAAUGAUUCCUGCCCCUCGCCGUGGUCAGAUCUCUUCAUCUGGGCCGUCCUACAGAACCGCGCUGAGAUGGCGAAGUACUUCUGGGAGAGGUCUUUGCUAUCUCAGAUCUGGUGGGGGGACAUGGAUAAGGACACGGAGGUCUGGAGGCUCCUCUUGACGUUCUUCAUACCCCCCCUCAUUUACACAGACCUCAUCAGCUUCAGGAAGGAGGAGGAGCUGAUUUCUAAAGGUGAUGUCAAAGACUCUGACGUCAUGAAAGAAAGUGACAAAACCAGGAUCCCCCUCUCCACCAUCAGUAAGAAAAACCCAGAGGAGUGUGAAGCUUUAAAUAAAAACGUGGAAGACCCUUCUCCUCCUAAGUCUAAACAGUCAUUCUUGGUGUCUCGGUGGAAACAGUUCUGGUUCGCCCCUGUCACCUCCUUCCUCAGUAACGUGCUGAUGUACUUCCUGUUCCUCUGCCUGUUUGCUUACAUUCUGCUGGUGGACUUUAAGCCCCCUCCUCCUAAAGGCCCAUCCAUCUCAGAGUAUGUGCUCUACUUCUGGGUCUUCACCUUCAUGUGUGAGGAGAUCCGACAGAUGUUCUGGGAGGGUGGUAAGAGUACGACUCGGAAGAUAAAGAUCUACAUCAUGGAUGACUGGAACAAGAUUGACCUCACCGCAAUCUUUCUUUUCCUGCUCGCUCUCUGCUGCAGAAUGUUCUCCUGGUCAUAUAAGGUUGGUCGAGCGAUGAUGGCCCUAGACUUCGUAGUCUUCACCGUUAGACUGCUUCACAUCUUCUCCAUCCACAGAGUGCUGGGACCAAAGAUCGUCAUGGUGCGACGGAUGAUGAAGGACCUCUUCUUCUUCCUCUUCUUCCUCGCCGUGUGGCUCAUUGCAUAUGGAGUAGCCAAUAAGGCGCUGCUUUACUCCUACGAUCCCAGUCCAAUACGGAUCUUGAAUCAAGUCUUCUACCAACCAUACAUGUACAUUUUUGGACAGUUUCCCGACAUUAAUAUGGACGCUGGUGUACAGGAGGAAGGUAAAUGUACGACCAACGCCACGCUGAUCGAGGCCGGGCAUGAGCCGUGUCCGAACACGUACGCUAACUGGCUGGUCAUCAUCCUCUACAUCAUCUACCUGCUGUUCACCAACAUCGUGCUGGUUAACCUGCUCAUCGCCAUGUUCAGCUACACCUUUACCGUAGUCCAGGAGCGCAGUGACAUCCACUGGAAAUAUCUGCGCUACAACCUGAUCAUGGAGUACUACUCAAGGCCCUACUUAGCCCCGCCCUUCAUCAUCAUCUCACACCUCCAUCUGUUCAUCAAGAGAUUCAUCCGAGACAUCCCAUCAUCCCACAGACAGUACCCUGCACUGGACCUGGAGAAGAAGAAGGCAAGCCGGCUCUACAGGUGGGAGGCCAACCAGAAAGAAAACCUGCUUUCACCUCAGAACAAGAAGCAGAGAGAGAGCGACUCGGCCCAACUCAGAUCCACAUCAGUCAGGGUGGACAGCAUGCUGAAGCAGAUGGCAGAGAUCCGUGACCAAAACCGCAGGCUCAAGUCUGAGCUGGCGGAGCUUGCUCAGCGCUCGUCUUUCUGCUGUGAUGCCCUCUCCAGGAUUACUGAGGCUCUGUGUCAGACUGGAUGUAUGCCUCCUCAGACCAACUCUACUCAGAACUUAUCUAGACAAGACUCCAACAACAACCCUCUUCAUUCUUCCACCUCUACCUAGAGCUCAGAGGAGCAGAUGGACCCCUGCUGUGAGGAAACGAUGGUUUCUGAAGAGACGGGAGAUGUUUAGAGUCGACUUCAUACAUCUCUCUGAUGAGGACCCUGUAAUUAUGCAUGGUGUUAUUUUACAUGCUUUAUUAAAAAAAAAAACAAAAAAACAAAAAAAACAUUGCGACUCGCAGAAGUGUGAAGAGAUUCUCCUUUUUGUACACAUGAUACUAUAUAAUGGAGACAAGACGAGGUGAAACCACCUAGCAUACCUUAUCAAAAGGCCUCAAAUUUCCUGUUGGGGCUCUCGUGCAGAGUCUAACCAUAGGUUCUGAUUGGCGUGUACCUGUUCUUUGGUCCUGAAAUCUUCUGUGGGCGAUCGGUGAUAACUCCUAUCAGUGAACAAACCAGUUAAGGGUCGUUGCUACUUGUGAGUGGAAAGGAAACCCCUCUACAAAAGAGGGCAUGAAUAGAAGCUAACAAGUACUACCCAAGGGCUCUUAAAGUCAGGGAGGCUCAUGCUGGUAUUUUGCUCUCGUCAGAUCAGAUCAGAUCAGAAUAGACGGUCUCUGUGGUCCAGGAUGGAGAACUAAAUUUAACCAAGAGCUAUCUUUUGUGGUUUCAACCCGUGAGUUUUUAACCAUUUUGAAUUUUUGGUACUUAGAUUCUAAUGUUGAACCAAUAUGUUUGUUUUUGCUUUAAAUGGACUUUUAAAUCCUUUUUCAUUCAUGUAAUCAUUUAAAUUUUCAUAAAAUCCAUUUCUCUUUGCUGUUGAUGCCUGUACUCCUCAGUGAAAUUUACUGAGUCUAAUCAACUCAGGUUUAUUUUUGAAUUUUUUGAGUAUUUUGUGGUACAUAUUUUUGCUAAAGCUUUGUCAAAAUAAAAAGGUUU